UCCAAGAAGCCUGUACAAAUGGCUUUCUGGUGGUUUGUUACCAGCCGCACUGGGAACCGCCCUAUGAAGCCCUCGUUGAUCGCUUGGAGGCCGGUGAGGCUGACGUGCGUCUGGCCUACUCCGGCUUUGCAGAUUCCUCCCUGCCACAGUGCAGCCUCACUGCUCUGAAUUACUUCGAUGACCGUGUGCUCAACUUUGCGAACGAGGCGGCUGAACUCUGGCGCACCACCUUCCUCCGCCUGUCUACUCAGGCCGCUCCGCCUACUACGACCAAUCGGAAACCAUAUUGUCUGCAACUGGAUCUGGUGAAGAUGACCUACGCUUGCGGCAUUCGGAUAUACCAGCUAGGGGUGAGCAUGUUUAUUUAG